AUGUCAGCCGUGCCGUCUGUCUCCUUGACAGAACACGUUGAACCGGUGUUACAAGAAGAAUUGUAUGUUCAUGAGAUCUACAACGAAAUCGCUCCUCAUUUCUCGCAGACCAGAUACAAGCCAUGGCCUAUAGUUGAAAAAUUCUUGAAAAGUCGCCCCAAAUACUCGGUGGGAUUGGACGUUGGCUGUGGGAACGGAAAGUACUUACAUGUGAAUGAGGACUUGUUCAUAGUUGGCACAGAUAGAUCGGGGGGACUAGUGGACUGCGCCCAGAAGUUAUCAAAUAAUGCAUAUAAUCUUGGAAUUGCCGAUGGACUUUCCCUCCCGCACCCUCGGGAUCGCUUUGACUUUGCCAUUUCUAUUGCUGUCAUACACCAUUUUGCAAAUGAAGAACGUCGAAUUGAAGCCAUACUGCAAAUCUUGUCAAAAUUAAAAAAAGGGGGUCAGUGUUUAAUAUACUGUUGGGCACUAGAGCAAGAAAAGUCUCGUCGAGGAUACAAGGAUGGAGACGACCAAGAUGUAUUAGUACCCUGGGUCUUGAAGAAACCCGUGGCUAAUGUAGAAAAAAAACGACGUGAUAAAGCAAAAGCACAAUCACAAGCAUCUCCAGAAGCGGUAACUGAUCACCAGGAGCAAGUGAGUGAGCCUGAAGUAACAAAGUAUAGGUAUUAUCACUUGUACAGGAAGGAAGAUAUUUUCACCACCUACAUGUACUCACCCCAGGACAAACAUGAGAAGCUAAUAAGAGCUACAGAUUUGGAUGCUUUGAGUUGUAGGUGUAGCAUCAAUGAGAAGCAGUACCUUCUCCCGAAGGAUUUAUACAUACAAGACUUGGUGAAGUCCUAUGAAGCAAAUCUAAGGUGGUGCCAGGGAUACUCCAGCAUGUCAUCUGCGAGAACUUUAAAGGGAGUUUUCACAGAGAAUAAACUUCCCUUGAUCAAUCGAGGAACCUAUCUAAGAACAAAGGUAAUAAGUACUCUUAUUUUGGAGUUUAUUCAAGAGUUUGAUGGGCAUUGUCAAAUAGUGUCUUUAGGUAGCGGUUCUGAUACCAGACUAUUUCAAUUUAUUGAAGACGGCUCCAAUGCCAUAUAUCAUGAGAUCGACUUCCCCGAGGUUGCAAGGAUCAAGAAACUAGGAAUUUUGCAUAGUGAAAAGCUUCGAAGCGUUUUAGGAGUGUUUGAUAAUCCCCCCACGAUUUCAUCAAAAGAAGACUUUUCAGCUUUGGAUCCCGAAAUUCAUACCACUAACUAUCAUCUCCACGGAAGAGAUUUGCGUGACAUUGAUGCGAAAAGCUCGAUUCCUGGCUUGGAUAUGACGAAACCAACGUUGGUCAUAAGCGAGUGUGUUUUGUGUUACAUGUCUCCAGAAAAUUAUAAACAUGUGAUUGAUACUUGGAUCGGAUUAGGCAAGAGUUUGACUAGUUUCCUAAUUUACGAACCUAUGUCAUUAAGAGACUCAUUUGGUGAAAUGAUGCUAUCUAACUUGCAAAGUAGGGGAUUGGAUUUGCAAACAUUUGAUAAAUACCCUACUUUAGAAGCCAGAUGCGCUUUCUUGAAAAAGUGUGGUUUGGAGAAUUUGCACUUGACCGAUUUGUGUCACAUUGGUGGCUAUGACGGUUAUAAUAGGGAAGGAAACAAGUGGAUUGAUCCCUUGGAGUUGAAGAGAAUAAAUAAGCUCGAAUUUGUUGAUGAGGUCGAAGAGAUAAAACUCUUGUUGGAACAUUACUGUUUAUGUUAUGCGGAUAAGAGACACUGUACUGGCGCACCUAUAUUUUCUAAAAUAAAUAAAUGGGAUUGGAUGAUACUGGAGAGUACAAACACAUAA